AAUGUCUGAGCGCCGAUUCAACGUGAUCGCGUCUCUCUCAGAGAAGCGGUGCAGUUUCUGAUGAGCGCUCAUAUGCUUCUCUCAGACGCACUUUAAACAGGAUGUUGAUGAUGAGACAGACCACGGAAAGAAAAACAACAGCGGGUUAAACUCUGCGAUGUGACAAACACCCGUGAGCCAGAGAUGACCGCCACAGCGGAGGAGAAGAAGACAGGAGGAGUCCCGAUGAGGCAGCUCACCGCCGGCAGGUCUUGACGGCUGCUCCCGCUGACCUGAGACGCCCAGCACCGCGUCAGCACCGCGCGGUUUACACACACUGAAAACCGAACAUAGCCAAAAUACUCCACAUCCCAUCGGGGAACCUUAAAAGAGACAAUGGCGAACCAGGGCGACUGCUGUGUAAAGGUAGCACUGAGGAUUCGCCCUCAGAUGGCCAAGGAGAAGAUAGAGGGCUGCCAUGUGUGCACGCUUGUCACACCUGGAGAUCCACAGGUCCUCCUGGGUAAAGACAAGGCCUUCACCUAUGACUUUGUGUUUGACAUCGACUCGGAGCAGCAGCACAUCUACCAGACCUGUGUAUACAAGCUCAUCGAGGGCUGCUUCGAGGGCUACAACGCCACAGUGUUCGCUUAUGGUCAGACGGGUUCGGGGAAGACCUACACCAUGGGGACAGGCUUUGAUGUGAGCCUGGGCCAGCAGGAGCAGGGCAUCAUCACGCGGGCGGUUCACCAGUUAUUUGAAGGAAUCCAGAACAGGAGGGUGCGCGCCCAGGAGGCCGGCAACCAGCCACCCGAAUUUAAAGUCAGCGCCCAGUUCCUAGAGUUAUACAAUGAAGAGGUCCUCGAUUUGUUUGACGGUACCAGAGAUCCAGAGAGUCGGAACAGGAAGUCCAACAUUAAGAUCCAUGAAGACGCAAGUGGCAGCAUCUACACCACUGGAGUCACUUCCAGACUGGUGCAGUCAGAGGAGGAGCUGCUGCAGUGCCUAAAGCUUGGUGCUCUGUCCCGCACCACAGCCAGCACUCAGAUGAACGCCACAAGCUCCCGCUCACAUGCCAUCUUCACCAUCUACCUCUGUCAGAUGAGAGUGUGCCCGCAGGCUCAAAUGCAGAAUGGAGGUGGAGGAGGAGGAGGAGGAGGAGAGGAGAAUGGGGAUUUGAACGGCGUGGACUCAAGCCCCAUCGCUCAGCCGGAGUUCGAGACGCUGAUGGCAAAGUUCCACUUUGUGGACCUAGCUGGCUCUGAGAGGCUGAAACGCACAGGAGCUACAGGAGAGAGAGCCCGUGAGGGAAUCUCUAUUAACUGUGGACUGCUUGCACUGGGAAAUGUGAUCAGCGCUUUAGGAGACCAGGCUAAGAAGGGAGGACACGUCCCUUACAGAGACUCCAAACUCACUCGUCUACUACAGGACUCACUAGGAGGCAACAGUCGCACAUUGAUGAUCGCCUGCAUCAGUCCGUCAGACCGGGACUUCAUGGAAACACUAAACACACUGAAGUAUGCCAACCGUGCCCGAAACAUCAAGAACAAGGUGGUGGUGAACCAAGACAAGACCAGCCAGCAGAUCAGCGCCCUGCGUGCCGAGAUAGCUCGGCUUCAGAUGGAACUGAUGGAGUACAAGGCGGGGAAGCGUGUGGCUGGUGAGGAUGGUUCAGAGGGCUUCAGCGACCUGUAUCAGGAGAAUGCAAUGUUGCAGAGAGAAAGCGACACACUUCGCCUCAGGGUAAAGGCCAUGCAGGAGACCAUUGACCACCUCAACACCCGUGUAACACAUCUGCUGGCCAAUGAGGUCAGCGCUCUGCUGACCAAGUCAAGUGAGGGCAAUGAGGAGAUCGGGGCUUUAAUCCAGAACUACAUCCGAGAGGUUGAAGAACUUAGAACCAAGCUUCUUGAGAGCGAGGCUAUGAACGAGUCUUUGCGACGGCAGGCGCCCCGACUUUCCUUGCGUUCCCCAUUCCCUUCCUCUGCUCACAGCCCCGCCCCCGGCCACCCCCCUGGCUCCUCCCCUGCUCCCUUGUCCAUGGAAGCUGAGAUGACGGACGUGUUGCGCCGGGCCAAGAUGGACAUUGAGAGGCUGAAGAAGAAGGAGAGGAGGCAGAGGAGAAUGAGUCCAGAGUUGGAGAAAGGUCUGAAGAAACGAGUGAAGCUGCACACUCACGAGAAUGGAGAGAACGGGCAGAGUGGUCAAAACGGACAGAAUGGAGAGAUCGAUUCAGACGACAAUUACACUGAGGAUAUCAUGUCUCCACUGCAGGAGGAGAGUGGUUGUGAAGAAGAUGAAGGGGAGGAUGAAGAGGAGGGCAGGGAGGAGGAGGACGGGUUUGACAGUGACGAGAGCCUGGUGGAUUCAGACUCAGACUCCGAUGAGAAAGCCAACUUCCAGGCAGACCUGGCUGAUCUGACCUGCGAGAUUGAGAUUAAGCAGAAGUUGAUGGACGAACUGGAGAACAGCCAACGGAGGCUGCUGAUGCUCAAACUGCAGUACGAGGAAAAGCUCAUUCUACUGCAGAACAAGAUCCGAGACACUCAGCUGGAGAGAGACCGUGUACUGCAGAACCUCAUGUCUAUGGAGAACUAUACAGAGGAGAAGGCCAACCGGAUCAAGCAGGACUACGAGAAACGUCUUAAGGAGAUGAAUAGAGACCUUCUGAAGCUGCAAGUGGCACAGAAAGAACACGCACGUCUCCUGAAAAACCAAGGGAGGUACGAACGGGAGCUGAAGAAACUCCAGACAGAGGUCAACGAUAUGAAGAAAGCCAAGGUGACACUGAUGAAACAGAUGAAGGAGGAGCAGCAGAGGAGGAGGAUGGUGGAGGCAAAGAGGAACCGUGAGAUCGCCCAACUCAAGAAGGAGCAGCGCCGCCAAGAGUACCAGAUUCGAGCCCUGGAGUCUCAGAAGCGGCAGCAGGAGCAGGUGCUGCGCAGGAAGACCCAGGAAGUUACCGCCCUGCGGCGCCUGGCCAAGCCCAUGUCAGACCGUGUGGCAGGGCGUGUGGCCCGCUGGAACCAGACACCCCCAGUUACAGACUCUGGGGCUGAGUUAUCAGCCAGCACUACAGCAAGCAGCUCUGAACCUGAGACUGGGAGGACUGUGAGCGGGCUGGUGAGACAGUGGAACAACAAAAACAAUGUGUUUGGAUAUCUGGCAGAGAGUGAAGGGAGCAUGGAUGGAACCAGGGUCAUUGGCAGUCGGAAGAAGUUGCAGCGUAAGCCAGCGGGCGUUGGAAGCGUUGGAGUGGCGGGCAGAGCCAGCAGCUUCUCCAAGUCUGCACGUCAGAAGUGGCAAGCGCUUGAGCGUCGCGUUAUGGACAUUGUCAUGCAGAGAAUGACAAUCGCUAAUGUGGAAGCUGACAUGGAUCGCCUUAUAAAGAAGCGAGAGGAGCUGACAGUCCAUCAAGAAUCACUCUCACACAAGAGAGAGGUACUAAUGGCAGACGGAGAGGGACCAGAAGCAGAAGACCGCCUCCUUCAGGAAAUUACUGAGGAGAUUGAGGUGCUGAACGCCAACAUAGACUACAUCAAUGACAGCCUGUCUGACUGCCAGGCCACCAUUGUACAGAUAGAAGAGACCAAGGAUGAGCUGGACUCAGUGGACACCUCAGUUGUGAUCAGUUCCUGCUCUCUGGCUGAAGCACGCAACCUGCUGGAUCACUUCCUGAAGGCUUCCAUAGACAAAAGUCUACUGGUGGCUCAGAAGGAGGCUCAGGUCCGACUGCUGGAGGGUCAGCUGAGACAGACAGAUAUGAUUGGCUCAUCUCACAAUCACGUAAUCCUUGAUGCCCUGCGAGAAAAAGCAGAAUACAUCCCUGAGCUCCACGCUCUCAUCCACAAUGUACAGCAGGAAAACGGUUACGCCAGCACAGACGAGGAGCCCUCUGAGUUCAGCCAGGCGUCUGACAGCAGCGUAUCUCAAAUGAAAGAAUCCAACAGCCAAGAUGAUUUCAAAAUAAAGAUGGAGCCUCGUCUGUCAGCUCAGAUGAAGGCGGUGUCUGCGGAGUAUCUGGGUCCCAUCCUGGACUCCUCAUCAGGCAGCAAGCAGCAGCACAUCACCAAAUCUCUGGCCUCGCUGACAGACAUCCAGGAGGAUGGCAUGAGCCUAGGGACAAUGAGUCUGGGGCUCAGCCCGGCCCUGCGAGAUCCCUACCACAGGGACCGGGCCUUCCGCACCAUCAGCCUACCUGUCAGGGGACACACCUUUCCCAGGCAGUCUCGAGGUUAUGACACUUCCCCUCUAACAAGGAGGAAAUCUUACGACCGCGCGUUCAGGCCCGCUGACGGCUAUACUCCCCCCUCCUCCCCUCCUUUGAGGACCAGGAACGACCGCAACGUCUUCUCGAGGCUCACCAGCAACCAAACCCAAGGUUCUGCUCUGGACAAGUCGGAUGACAGCGACUCUUCGCUCUCCGAGGUGCUCAGGGGUGUGAUCAAUCCCAUCGGGGGUGUUAAGGGAGGUCGGACGGCACCCCUGCAGUGUGUUUCUGUAGCCGAGGGCCAUUCGAAGCCGGUUCUGUGUGUGGAUGCUACCGAUGAGCUGCUGUUCACUGGAUCUAAAGAUCGCACCUGUAAGAUGUGGAACCUUGUAACAGGUCAAGAGAUCGUCACCCUCAAAGGCCACCCAAACAAUGUGGUGUCAGUCAAAUAUUGUCCUUCCUCUUGUCUGGUCUUCUCUGUCUCCACCUCCUACAUCAAGGUGUGGGACAUCCGUGACUCCGCCAAGUGUGUCCGCACAUUUACUUCAUCGGGGCAGGUGGUUUCAGGGGAUGCUUGUGCUGGCACCACCACCCGCACAAUAACCUUUGCACAGGGCGAGUGUCAAAUUAACCAAAUAGCCCUCAACCCAUUAGGAUCUGUGCUAUAUGCUGCUGCUGGAAACACUGUUCGCAUGUGGGACCUCAACAGGAUGCAAGGGAUGGGGAAGCUGACAGGCCACAUCGGCUCUGUCAUGUGUCUGACAGUUGGACAGUCUCUGCUGGGCAAAGACCAAGUCAUCACUGGCUCCAAAGACCAUUAUGUCAAGGUGUUUGACGUGACAGAGGGAACUAUGGGUAAUGUAGGUCCAGCUCAUAACUUUGAGCCGCCCCAUUAUGAUGGCAUUGAGUGUUUGGCUGUACAGGGAGAUGUGCUGUUCAGUGGGUCCAGAGACAACGGCAUCAAAAAAUGGGAUCUGGAGCAGCAGGAACUCACUCAGCAAAUCCCCAACGCCCAUAAGGACUGGGUGUGCGCUCUGGCAUAUGUCCCGGGUCGGCCCAUGCUGCUGAGUGCCUGUCGAGGCGGCAUGCUGAAGGUGUGGAAUGUAGAGAACUUCACCCCCAUAGGAGAGGUCAGAGGUCAUGAAAGCCCAAUUAACGCCAUAUGUACCAACUCAAGACAGAUCUUCACUGCAUCCAGUGACUGCAGGGUGAAGUUGUGGAGCUAUGUGCCAGGCUUGACCCCGUGUCUUCCUCGACGGGUCCUGGCCAUCAAGGGCCGAGCCACCAGCCUUCCAUGAUUGCCUCUUCUCCGCUCAGCAACCCUCCCUUCCUUUGCGACAAGACGGUGAAGAUCUGGUCGUCAAAGGUGUGGAGGAAAAGGUGACAACCGAAGUAGCUCCUUUGUCGGCCAUCUUGCUGCAACUUUCUGGCCUGCUUGCUUCUAGCAAUGAGAUGUGACACCAAAAACACUGUUUCCAAGGCAAUCAAGGUGUUUUUUUUUUCUUUGUCAAGGUGCAAUGCAACAAAGCUGAAGUUGAAUAUGUAUUCAGGCAAAAAAAAUAUUUGCCUUUCAGAUUGUCUUUUUUUACUGCCAAUUUGAAAGUGCCAUUCAGGUGUGAUGCUACUUGGACAAGAUAAACUGCAUCUUCCCAGCUGUGGAUAGACUAGGCAGAACAAUUUAUCUCUCCUGGCAUGAAAACUACCACAGUCUGGUAUUAAAAGGACAAUAAAAAGUGUCCUUCUGUUCUUUUACCAAGGUUUUACAAUCCGUGUGGAACAGUGACAGAUGAAUUGGCUCGAAGACGUGCAUGUAUCUAUUGUAUGAAAGUCAUGACGCUGGAGGAAUUUAAAUUCCAGAGAGAUGUUAUAACUAACAACUGGGACCUCUGGCCCUUUCCUCCUUUUCUUCCGCUCAGGACUGUUAAGUGUUCAUUAGCGCUGUGACUGUUCUGACACUGAAUACAUUGAAGAGUCAUGCUAUAAGCUCAUUGUGGUGGAUGAUCAAUAAAAAAUUGUUGAUGAAACAUUUACAAUACAAUAAUAACAAUUACACAAAACACCAUCACUUGGUGUUCUUUUUUUUUUUUCCUUUUUUUUUUUUACAACGCCUUCCAUUUGCUUUUAAUGUAGUUGACAUGGCUUUCAGUAUGUCACUGAAGCUUUAAGGUGUUCCACAAGCCGUGUUAAUAUUUUUAAUGACAUUUACUUAUUUAUUUUUUCCCCUACCUCAGUUGUUUUGGAUUUUGCCGUGAGGGAAAAUUUUUACGGGUCUCUGUGUACAAACACCUAGUUCUUGGCAUUUUGAAGUCUUUAUUCAAUGCCUGGCUCUUCAUCUCUGUGUGGAUGAGUCCUCUGUGGCUUUCUGGCUAUAAGACUGUCUAGCUGCUGACCCUGCAAACAAGAAAGCACACGUCCAGUAGCGCAACUAAGGCCCCGGAGGAUCUGACUGGAUUGUAAUAUUUGCUCUGCAAAGUGCUAACUGUGACAAAAAAAUACACCCUUGCAAAUGCACAUGACACAAACGGUACAUACCUACAGCACACACUCCUAAGACAUUUGUGAGUCGGGUACUCAAUUGAGUGCCAGACCAUUAUCUCAACCAUCCUACAGUACGUGGUCCACACUUGCCAGUUAUCCUCCACAAAUGGUAAUAGGAGCCUCACCAGUUCCCCCCCUGCCUGCUUUCAGCUCCACUCUGAUCUUUGAGGUUAGUGACUGUAUCAGACUGACCAGCCAUACUAAAGAGUCCACCUCCUUCCCAGCUACUGAACUUCUCUGGGAAGCCAAUUUAAUUAGAGGUCUCGCAGCUCUACCGUCUGCUUGUCAGGCAAGAUUACUUGGGUGAAAGUAGGUCAUAACUGAGAGGGGGAUUUCUUAUUAAAAUCCCAAUUUUCCUCCACCCACGUUUUGCUGCUACGUAUAAAGAGAGGGAGAAACUUGCGGUACCCGUGCACUGAUAUACAAAUCUGCAGAUUAUGUAUGCACAAACCAUGGAACACAAACACAGGAUUUCAGUGGAUGUUUCGGUUAUCCAUCUUGCCUGAUAGGUCUUGGCAUCCCUCACUGUGUUGAUUUAGUGUCUCUUUAACAAAACAAAUUCAGCACUGCAGCAAUGCACUGACACACACACACACACACAAACACACACACACACACACACACACACACACACACACACACACACACACACACACACACACACACACACACACACACACACAUACAGGUAACAGUAAUAAUAACCAAAGUCUUAAAUUUUUCUUUGUAUCAGCUCAAAAUGUCCCGCAGCAUUUAGAAGCUUCUUCACAUACAUGUCUUACAGCUUGAUAAAAAUCAAUUCAUGUGUGUUAGUUUUCAAAUAUUACAGCACAGUUUGUUUGACCCCGGAAUCUCACUCCUGUUGAGAAAUACUUUGGUCAUUUAAUGCACUUUUUAUGUAUAACAGAAACAUGUUGUUUAAUUAAACUAAGCUUGGAUCAUAAAACAGCAGUCACAGUUGCUGAAGUUUAAACUUUAGAUGUACUUUUGCAAAUGCUCCUCUAAGAGGGAGAACACACUGUUGAUUGUUGAUGUAGCCAACCUGAGUUUGAAGCUGUGGAUGUGAUUGUGUGGAUGGACAAAAGUUGUUGAAGCAUUCUUGGUUUUAAUAUUCUACCAACUCAGGUAAAGGCUGAAGGAUAAUGUUAGUCAUACUUGACCCUGUGAAUUAAGGUAGCUCUUUGACCAGAUGCCUUGUUUGAAAGUUGUUGUUUUUUACUUUGAGAAAAAAAGGUACUAUUAUGUAUCACCCCUUUUUUGUAAAAAGACUAAUUUCCAUGUUUUGGUUUUGCAUUUUUUACCCUUUACUUAUUAUCUAUGUAUUGUGCUUUUCUCUUACGUCUUACAUUAUAGCUUCCCAAUCUGGCCAAAGCUGAAAGUAUUGCAACUCUUAGAAGAUGUGCACUGAUUUUUGACCAUAAUUACUUGUUAAAUAUAUGUAUAAAUUUGGUAAUUGUAUAGUAGUUUAACUGGAGUGUACAAAAUGUGGUCUGUAGGGAAAUUAACCUCCAUAACAUAAUGGGUUAUAAACUUUGACUUUGUCAGACUCCACUCUUCUCUUCACUGUAUAAGAUGUAUGUAUCUGUGCUCAUUAGCCAGACUGAGCCUUCACACCUGCUGUGUGGUGCGUUUCAUGUGAUAAGAAUGCUAAGCCAGCCUUCACCUCAGUUUUUUUCUCUUCUCCAGACUCCUACUUAUUGCUAGAGAAGAUCUUGUAGUACUGUAACUUUAGGCUCUGUCUUCGGUGCCCUGUGCUUGUACAUUUGUUGAAGGAUGUAUUUUCUUUGUGGUACUCAUCAAUGGAUUGAUUCCUUCAAAAUACAGCAAUUUAGUAGGCAAUUGCCUUUGUCAAUCUUAAUGUUAAACGCCUGAUUGGAUUUGUUAUUGAAAUGUUUUGGUUUGGCCAUUUGUUUUGAUUUGGAAGCAUUGACGGUCAAUAACCUUCAGUGUUCUUCACAAAAGAUGCUUGCUUGGAAGAUUUAGUAUAGCCAAGCAGAAGCCUUAAAUUAUUAUCUGGCUCUGGAUCUGGAUCACCCCCGCCCAAAGUUCUCCUAAGUUCUGAGUCUUGUAUUCUGCCAAUGUCAGCACCAUUUCAUUACUUGAUGAUGUGUAAAUAGGUGUGUCAUACCUUUUUUUUUUUAAAUAGAUAGGAGAUUUAGCCGAGGUUAACUGACGUCUUCCUCAUCAGCUGGCCCCUGAGAAUCACAGCGUAAACGCUGGAAGUUAGGAUUUACAUGCACUUUGAAUAAUGAACACUGCUGUGAAUACUCUGAAGUGUUUUUUUUACGAUAUGCAUUAAGCCUAUUUUUAGACUUAGUUUACAAAGUUGGAGUUUAUUGGUCCCAAACGAGGCUUAAAGCACUGAAAUUGUACUGAAAGGAUCACGUCUGUUUAGCUCAGCAGUAGGUUUAGAAAUCAGUUUUAUUAAUGUUUGUUCUGAUACAGUAUGUAAGGUAACAGUCAAGACAUACAGAAACAGUCCCCAGGAUAUCCCUGCCUUUAAAGUCACCCUUUUGUAUAGCAAAUGUUGCCUGAGAAUGAUAAUUUGACAGAGCAGCAUGCACACCUAGAUGCUCAGGAGAGUCCAUCUCCAUCCUUAUUUAUUUUAUUAUUUUGCUGGCAGUCAGCUGGUAUUCUGACAUUUUUCCUAAUAAUACUGACCACAAAUAUGCCAUAUUACUCUAUGAAAGGUAUGAUCUGAGAUACAGGAUGACAAGAUCUAACUGUAAUCUAUUUCUCCUGCAACAAUCAACUGCAGAAAAGGUUCCCGUAGCCCCUAUUAGCAUCUAGUUGAAAUUGGAAAGCUGUUUGACCAAAGCCAAAUAUCACUUAAAAAGAUGAUGCCUUGCUCACUCUUUAAAGCCACUACUGUAUGUGUAAUUAAAAAUAUCUGACUUUGGUUGCCACCAGUGGUAGUGCACCCACGAAUCUCACCUGGGGAUACGAUUGACCCUUCACUUAGCCACCUCCCUGUCAAAGUUUCCGUUCCUUCACAGAACGUAUCCCGUUUACAAUAACAACAGUGGCAGAUUUGCCACUCAAAAUAUCCAGUAACAUUACACAGAAGUAAACUAUUACUACAAAGAAAAACACACUUGUGUGCUUUAAUGUUUGUAUUAUUUUAAUGUGUAUGCUCCACUUUUACAAAAGAAAAUUAAGUUAUGAUAAGGACUAACCAAUGAGUUUGGCCAACAUAAUACUAUUUAUUGUAUGUAAUGCAAGUUUGGUUGGAGUUGCUGGAGUGUAACCUUCCAGAACAAAGAGCCAAUUGUUAUUAUAAACUCUGAACAGAUAUUUUUCUGACUUAACCUGUAACCAAACAUAAUAAUAUAGUUACUUAAUGACAUGUCUCAGCUUUUAACAUAACACUGGUUUACUUCUGCAGGUAGCUAGUCAGCCAGACAUGCAAGCAAAAGCUUGGAAAAGCUUAAAAAACAAGGUUUUGGCUCAUAUUAGAGCCCUGUGCACUCCUGCAGCAUGUGGAGAAAUCCAAAGCUUGACAGGUACACAGUGACUAGUUAAGGUUGCUAAGCUCCGACUGGACAAUUGCUGCUCGGGGGCAGGGUUUAGUGAAUGGUCAAUUGGCAAAAAUAUUCAAUGUGUAGUGGCUGUAACCAGUCUGUCUGAUAUUGGAUAUAGGACCCCAGGACUGAUACAAUAGGAGAACUGCUUGUCCAACUGAUGUGUGAUUACUAUCUGUAGCAUUUCCAGCCCAACCAUCCUAUAACUACUAUGACAUUACACCCAAGUAGUUUGCUCAGCUUCAGCCUUGUGCCUCAGCCAACAGGCCUUACUGCCUUAAAGAAACAGAAUAUGUUUGUAGGACAUCGAUAAUCAUUCACUUAAUAUCCUGAAUCUGUAACAGACUUAUUCUGAGGGUUGUAGAUUAUCCUACAGAUUGUAGAACUCUGUUGUAAAUCAGACAACUUCUCAGCUCACUGUAUCAGUAUGGCUGAAAAUACUUUUCACUUUGCCUGAGGCUGCUGAGGGGAUAGGAUCACAUUUAGACACAAUGAAGAGGGCACUUUACUACUUUGCUGCUUGGCAGCUAAUUGCUAUCACACACACCAACACAGGUCUUCUCUGCAGCUGCUCAAGUCAUUUUUCUCCAGGUGUGCAUCUUGUGGCAGUGUCCUUGAAAUAUGUAAUCAUGAGACAUAAAUGCAGGGUCAAAGGUUUGUGCCUUUUAUUGCACAGACUACUCCCUCUUAAAUGAGUGUAAAUGUGUACAGUUUUUUAUGACAAUGUGCAUGAUACCAAGCCAUGUAAAAUAUACUGCUGUAAAUAAUGUAAGUAAAUAUUUAAUGAAGGAUCCAACAUUCCCUCAAGAAAAUAAAUAAGUUAAAAACCA